AUGCCAAGAGAGGUUAUCACCAUCCAAUGUGGACAAUGCGGCAAUCAGCUUGGAUACAAAUUUUGGGAAAUGGCACUCAAGGAACACGCUGCCUGUAAUUCAAAUGGGUGGUUUGAUGAUUCUUUAAGCAGCUACUUCCACAAUGUAGAUGCUCGCUUUGAUCCUCAUCAAGAUGGGACUCAUCCGAUAUUUACCUUAAAAGCCAGGGCAGUCUUAGUGGAUAUGGAAGGAGUUGUGAAUCAGCUUUUAAGGGGAAAUUUAUCCGAGUUGUUCAAUUCAACACAGCUUAUCACAGAUAUCUCUGGCUCCGGAAACAACUGGGCUCAUGGGCAUAACUUUUACGGUCCAAAGUACUCGGAUACUAUUAUUGAAAAAGUACGCCGUGAGGCAGAGAUUUGCAGUUCAUUGCAGGGUUUUUUUCUCUUGCAUUCACUUGGAGGAGGAACUGGUUCUGGUCUUGGAAGCUACAUUCUGGAACUUUUGCAUGAUGCUUAUCCGAAAGUUUUUAGAUUUUCUGCAUCUCUUUUCCCAUCCACAGAUGACGACGUUAUUACAUCUCCUUAUAACAGUGUUCUAUCUAUUGGAUCCCUCACUCAACAUGCGGAUUGUGUUUUUCCAAUUGAAAACCAGGCUCUUAUAGACAUACUUAAUAAAUGUCAAUCAUCUGAAGAAAAAAGGAAUAAGGCGCCUUUCGACGCGAUGAAUGCUUUAGUCUCUUCACUGCUUUUGAAUCUAACCAGUUCUAUGCGUUUUGAGGGCCAGCUUAACGUCGAUUUGAACGAAAUUACUACAAAUCUAAUACCCUAUCCGCGUUUACAUUACCUCAUAUCAAGCAUGGCACUUUUUACACCUAAAG